AUGGUGUAUGGUGUGGCCUCCGAUUCCGGUGGAGCGGGGCCAUCGUUAAGUAGCAACGCUAAGUACAGCUACCAGCUGCGGUCGCGCAUUCGGCGACCUCCAAACGCAUUCAUGUUGUUCGCACAGGAGAAGAGGCGAAGGGUGGCCGCUGAGAGUCGGACUGAAAACAAUCAGAGCCUGAGCAGCCGCAUGGGCAGGGUGUGGUGCACUCUCAACUCCACUGACAAGGAGCCUUACCAGCGCAAGGUGUCCAAAGCUACCGCCGUCUACCGAAGGAAGCACCCAGAAUACGUGUACAAUUGGCAUGAUCCCAUCCGGCGCAAGGAGCACAAGUACAGGGCCCAGGAGAUUGCCAGCAUGCUCGAGAAUUACAGUUCCGGGGAACAGAAGGAGCGGUCGAGCAUUUCCACGGCCCAGGGUCGAGGCACCCUGGAGUUCUUCCAGCAGCAACAGCAUACGCCGCCAUCCGCUGCCAGCAGUAACCACCGUGUAACCACUGCUCCCCGGAACAGAGCUUCCGGUUCCGGUAAGGGGACGUCUGUACCUAGGCCGACGGGCCCUAUCCCGGCAGCGGCGUCGGCUUACUCGGCUGCGCGGCCCUACAACGUGCUCCUAUUCUUCCGUCCUCUGUCCCCAUCGUUGCGUGGAGAAAACAGAGGAAGCGCUGUGAAUGCCGGUCCCUAUAGGCCGACGGCCCCUGUCCCGGCCACGGCGUCGGCUCACUGGGCGUCGUCGACCUACGACGUGCACCAGUUCUCCAGUCCUCUGCCCCCGUCACUGCGUGAGGCUAACCCAGGAAGUACUGUGAAUGGCGGUCCCUAUAGGCCGACGGCCCCUGUCCCGGCCACGGCGUCGGUUCACUCGGCGACGUCGACCUACGACGUGCACCGGUUCUCCGGCCCUCUGCCCCCGUCACUGCGUGGGGCAAACAGAGGAAGCACUGUGAAUGCCGUUCGCUAUAGGCCGACGGCCCAUGUCCUGGCCACGGCGUCAGAUAACUGGGCGACGUCGACCUACGACGUGCACUGGUUGUCCGGUCCUUUGCCCCCGUCACUGCGUGGGGCGAACACAGAAAGCGCUGUGAACGCCAGUUCCUAUAGGCCGACGGCCCCUGUCUCGGCCACGGCGUCGGCUGACUCGGCGACGUCGACCUACGACGUGCACCGGUUCUGCGGUCCUCUGCCCCCGUCACUGCGGGGUGCGAGCGGAGAAAGUACUGUGAAUGCCAGUCCCUAUAGGCGGGGAGCCACUGUCCUGGCCACGGCGUCGGCUCGCUCGGCUGUACGGCCCUACAACGUGCACCGGUUCUCCGGUCCUUUGCCCCCGUCACUGCGUGGGGCGAAUAAAGGAAGUGCCUUUGCCCGGGCGCUUUCUCAUUUCUAA